UGUGUGCAGAAAAAAAUUGAUAAAGCAAAAGAAAAUAAAAAUGUUUGAAGCAGAACGUGAUACUUUUUUUUUCAAUGAAUAAAGAAAAUAAAACAAAAAACACGCCCAGUGGGACUCGAACCCACAAUCGCUUGAUUAGAAGUCAAGCGCCUUAUCCAUUAGGCCAUGGGCGCUUCUGAUGAUAGUGUUUGAAUAUUACGUUUAAUCAAUGAUUAUUGAUGAAAUGAAACUAUAGCAGAAAAAGGUAAGUAGGUCAUGUCUCCUACACCAUUAGUUUAAGUUCGGUUAGCUUCAUCAUCUCAUCCUUGUGAAGAAUGAAGAGGAAACAUGCAACAAUAUGUAUAUAAAUAAACAAAGCCAUUGUUGUUGCCUCAAUCACAUAAACUUUUGACAUGGAACACAAAAGUGGAGACAAAGUAUGUGUCACAGGAGCUUCAGGAUUUUUGGCUUCUUGGCUUAUUAAGAGACUUCUUUUAUCUGGAUAUCAUGUCACUGGAACUGUUAGAGAUUUAGGGAAGAAGAAGAAAUUUGAACAUCUAUUGAAGUUGGAAGGAGCAACAGAAAGACUCAAACUAGUCCAAGCUGAUUUAAUGGAAGAAAACAGCUUUGACAAUGCCAUCAUCGGAUGCAAAGGUGUCUUCCAUAUUGCUUCUCCAGUACUCAAUCAUAUAUCAGAUGAUCCCAAGUCGGAAAUCUUGGAACCGGCGGUCCAAGGUACGCUAAAUGUGUUGCGUUCUUGUCGGAAGAAUCCAGCCCUUGUUCGAGUGGUGUUGGCUUCAUCUUCUUCUGCGGUUAGAGUAAGAGACGAUUUUGAUCCAAACGUAUCACUAGACGAGUCUUCUUGGAGCUCCUUGGAAUUAUGCGAAAAACUCAAGGCAUGGUACCCGAUGUCGAAGAUAAUGGCUGAAAAAGCAGCUUGGGAAUAUUGCAAAGAGAAUGGAAUAGACUUAGUCACUAUUCUUCCAUCAUUCAUCAUUGGACCUAGUUUGCCACCAGAUUUGUGUUCCACUGCUUCCGAUGUUCUAGGCUUGUUCAAAGGGGAAACUGAGAAAUUUCAAUGGCAUGGAAGAAUGGGAUAUGUUCAUAUUGAUGAUGUUGCACUAUGUCACAUCCUUCUUUAUGAGAACAAAGCCUCUCAUGGUAGAUACCUUUGUAGUUCCACAAUAAUGGAAAAUGAUGAUUUGGUUUCCAUGCUAGCAAUUCGCUAUCCCGGUUUUCCGAUUCCUAAAAGGUUCAAGAAACUAAAUAGGCCACAUUAUGAACUAAACACAUCAAAGAUUGAGAGUCUUGGAUUCAAGUUUAAAUCUGUUGAAGAAAUGUUUGAUGAUUGCAUUGCAUCGUUUGUGGAGGAGGGUCAUCUCACUCUUCCUCACAUCACACGCACUGUUUUUUAAUUUAAAACUUAUGAGUAUGGCUUUAGUUGAGAUUGUGUCUUACUCUAAUUCUCAAUGUUUCAAGCACCUUAUGUAGCAAAUAAAUAUACUACAAUAAUUUAAUUUUAUCUUGGAAGAAAUAAA